GCGCGCGCACGGAGCGGCGCUCCGGAGCGCGGGGUCGAGCGGCGGGGGCGCGCGCGCGCGCGGAGCCGCGCCCUCGCACAUCUCGGGGCUCCGUCACCCGGACGGACGGGCGGGCGGGCGUUCUCCUCACAGCGAGCGCCUCGGGCCCUGAGACAAAUCAAGAAAACAAUGGCUACAGCCAUUAGGGAUGUGGGAGUUUGGAGGCAGACCAGAACACUCCUGCUAAAGAACUACUUAGUUAAGUGUAGGACUAAAAAGAGCAGUGUUCAGGAAAUUCUUUUCCCACUGUUCUUUUUAUUUUGGCUAAUAUUAAUUAGCAUGAUGCAUCCAAAUAAGAAAUAUGAAGAAGUGCCUGAUGUAGAACUUAGCCCCAUGGACAAAACUAUCAUUUCUAACUUCAUUCUUGGAUAUACUCCAGUGACUAAUAUUACAAGAGACAUCAUGCAAACUGUUUCUGCUGACCACCUUUCUAAUGUAAUAGCUAUUGAAGAGUAUGAGACUAAAAAGGAAUUGAUAGCGUCAAGUCUUUCUAAACCCAACAACUUUGUCGGUGUCAUUUUCAAAGACUUAAUGUCCUAUGAACUUCGUUUUUUUCCUGAUAUGAUUCCGGUAUCCUCUAUUUAUAUGGAUUCAAGAGCUGGCUGUUCAAAAUCUUGUGAGGCUGCUCAGUACUGGUCCUUAGGGUUCACAGUUUUACAAGCAUCCAUAGAUGAUGCCAUUAUACAGUUGAAGACCAAUAGUUCUUUUUGGAAGGAGCUGGAGUCAACUAAAGCUGUUAUUAUGGGAGAAACUGCUGUUGUAGAAAUAGAUACUUUUCCUCGAGGAGUAAUUUUAAUAUAUUUAGUUAUAGCAUUUUCACCUUUUGGAUACUUUUUGGCAAUUCAUAUUGUAGCAGAAAAAGAGAAGAAAUUAAAAGAGUUUUUAAAGAUAAUGGGACUUCAUGACACUGCUUUUUGGCUUUCCUGGGUUCUUCUGUAUACAAGUUUGAUUUUUCUUAUGUCCCUUCUUAUGGCAGUCAUUGCCACAGCUUCUUCACUGUUUCCUCAAAGUAGCUGCUUUGUGAUAUUUCUACUUUUUUUCUUGUAUGGAUUGUCAUCUGUAUUUUUUGCUCUAAUGCUGACACCACUUUUUAAAAAAUCCAAACAUGUGGGAAUUGUUGAAUUUCUAGUCACUGUGGCUUUUGGGUUUGUUGGUCUUUUAAUAGUCCUCAUGGAAAAUUUCCCUAAAUCACUAGUAUGGCUAUUCAGUCCCUUCUGCCAGUGUACUUUUUUGAUUGGUAUUGCACAGGUUAUGCAUUUAGAAGAUUUUAAUGAAGGUGCUUUAUUUUCUAAUUUGACUGAAGGCCCAUACCCUCUGAUUAUUACUAUUAUCAUGCUAGCACUUAACAGUGUAUUUUAUGUCCUCCUGGCUGUCUAUCUCGAUCAAGUCAUUCCAGGAGAAUUUGGCUUGAGGAGAUCAUCUUUAUAUUUUCUAAAGCCGUCAUAUUGGUCAAAGAGCAAAAGGAAUUAUAAGGAGCUGUCAGAGGGCAACACUACUGGAAAUAUUAGUUUUAGUGAAAUUGUUGAGCCUGUUUCUUCAGAAUUUAUAGGAAAAGAAGCCAUAAGAGUCAGUGGCAUACAGAAGACAUACAGAAAAAAAGGUGAAAAUGUAGAAGCUUUGAGAAAUUUGUCAUUUGACAUAUAUGAGAGUCAGAUCACUGCAUUACUUGGCCACAGUGGAACAGGAAAGAGUACACUGAUGAAUAUUCUUUGUGGACUAUGCCCACCUUCUGAUGGUUUUGCGUCAAUUUAUGGAUACAGAGUCUCAGAGAUAGAUGAAAUGUUUGAAGCAAGAAAAAUGAUUGGCAUCUGUCCACAAUUAGAUAUACACUUUGAUGUUUUGACAGUAGAAGAAAACUUAUCUAUUUUGGCGUCAAUCAAAGGAAUACCAGCCAAUAAUAUAAUACAGGAGGUGCAGAAGGUUUUAUUGGAUUUAGACAUGCAAGCUAUCAAAGAUAAUCAGGCUAAAAAAUUAAGUGGUGGUCAAAAAAGAAAACUGUCUUUAGGAAUUGCUGUUCUUGGGAAUCCAAAGAUACUAUUGCUAGAUGAGCCAACAGCUGGAAUGGACCCCUGUUCUCGUCAUAUUGUUUGGAAUCUUCUAAAAUACAGAAAAUCUAAUCGGGUUAUAGUGUUUAGUACUCAUUUCAUGGAUGAAGCUGACAUUCUUGCUGACAGGAAAGCUGUGAUAUCACAAGGGAUGUUGAAAUGUAUUGGCUCUUCAAUUUUUCUCAAAAGUAAAUGGGGGAUUGGCUACCGCCUCAGCAUGCACAUAGACAGAUACUGUGCCACAGAAUCUCUUUCUUCUUUGGUUAAACAACAUAUACCUGGAGCUGCUUUAUUACAACAGAAUGACCAACAGCUUGUGUAUAGCUUGCCUUUCAAGGACAUGGAUAAAUUUUCAGGCUUAUUUUCUGCUUUAGACACUCAUUCAAAUUUGGGUAUUAUAUCUUAUGGAGUUUCCAUGACAACUUUGGAAGAUGUAUUCUUAAAGCUAGAAGUUGAAGCAGAAAUUGACCAAGCAGAUUAUAGUGUAUUUACUCAGCAACCACAAGAGGAAGAAAUGGAUUCAAAAUCUUUCGAUGAGAUGGAACAGAGUUUGCUUAUUCUUUCUGAAACCAAAGCUUCUCUGAUAAGCACCAUGAGCCUUUGGAAACAGCAGAUGUUUACGAUGGCAAAGUUUCAUAUUCUCACCCUGAAACGUGAAAGUAAAUCAUUGAGAUCAGUGUUGCUUCUGUUGUUAAUAUUCCUUGCAGUUCAGAUUUUUAUGUAUCUGGUGCAUCGCUCUUUUAAAAAUGCUGUGGUUCCUGUCAAACUUGUUCCAGACUUAUAUUUCUUAAAGCCUGAAGAUAAACCUCAUAAAUACAAAACAAGUCUGCUUCUUCAAAAUUCUACUGACUCCGAUAUCACUGAUCUUAUUAGCUUUUUGACAAAUCAGAACAUACUGGUGACAAUGUUCAAUGACAGUGACUAUGUAUCUGCUGCUCCUCAUAGUGCAGCUUUAAAUGUGAUGUCUGCAGAAAAGGACUAUGUUUUUACAGCUGUUUUCAAUAGUACUAUGGUUUACUGUUUACCUGUAUUGAUGAAUAUUAUUAGUAACUACUAUCUUUAUCGUGCAAAUGUGACUGAAAGCAUCCAGAUCUGGAAUACCCCAUUCUUUCAUGAAAUUACAGACAUAGUUUUUAAAAUUGAGCUUUAUUUUCAAGCAGCUUUACUUGGGAUUAUUGUUACAGCAAUGCCACCUUACUUUGCUAUGGAAAAUGCAGAAAAUCAUAAGAUCAAAGCUUAUACACAACUUAAACUUUCAGGCCUUUUGCCAUCUGCAUAUUGGAUUGGACAAGCUAUUGUUGACAUCCCCUUAUUUUUUGUUAUUCUUGUUUUGAUGUUAGCAAGUUUGUUUGCAUUUCAUUAUGGAUUAUAUUUUUAUGCUGUAAAGUUCCUUUCUGUGGUUCUUUGCCUUAUUGGCUAUGUUCCAUCAGUUGUUCUAUUUACGUAUGUUACUUCUUUCACUUUUAGAAAAAUUAUAAAUACCAAAGAAUUUUGGUCAUUUAUCUACUCUGUGACAGCAUUGGCUUGCAUUGCCAUCACUGAAAUAACUUCCUUUCUGGGAUACACAGCUACAGCUAUUCUUCACUAUAUCUUUUGCAUAGUUGUUCCAGUCUAUCCUCUUCUAGGCUGUCUGAUUUGCUUCAUAAAGAUUUCUUGGAAGAAUAAUGAGGACACCUAUAAUUCAUGGGAUAGGCUCUUUGUGGCUGUUAUAUCGCCUUAUGUGCAGUUUGUGCUGUGGAUUUUCCUCUUACAGUACAAUGAAAAAAAAUAUGGAGGCAGAUCACUAAGAAAGGAUCCACUUUUCAGGACUUUUUCCAUGAAGUCCAAAAACAGGAAGUUUCCUGAACCACCAAUUAAUGAGGAUGAAGAUGAAGAUGUCAAAGCUGAAAGACUAAAAGUCAAAGAGCUAAUGAGCUGCCAGUGUUGUGAAGAGAAACCAGCCAUUAUGGUCAGCAAUUUACAUAAAGAAUAUGAUAACAAGAAAGAUUUUCUUACAAGAAAAAUAAAGAAAGCUGCAACAAAAUAUGUCUCUUUCUGUGUGAAAAAAGGAGAGAUCCUGGGGCUAUUGGGUCCAAAUGGUGCAGGCAAAAGCACAAUUAUUAAUAUUCUCGUUGGUGAUAUUGAACCAACUGCAGGCCAGGUGUUUUUAGGAGAUUAUUCCUCAGGCACAGUUCAUGAUGAUGAUUCUUGUAAGUGCAUGGGAUACUGUCCUCAGAUAAACCCAUUGUGGCCAGAUAUUACACUGCAAGAACAUUUUGAAAUUUAUGGAGCUGUGAAAGGAAUGAGUUCAAGUGACGUGAACGAAGUCAUAAAUCGAAUAGCACAUGCGCUUGAUCUAAAAGAACAUCUUCAGAAAACUGUGAAGAAACUACCAGCUGGAAUCAAGCGAAAGUUGUGUUUUGCUCUCAGUAUGCUGGGGAAUCCUCAGAUUACUCUGCUAGAUGAACCAUCUACAGGUAUGGAUCCUAAAGCCAAACAACACAUGUGGCGAGCAAUUCGAACUGCAUUUAGAAACAAAAAGCGGGCUGCUAUUCUUACCACUCACUAUAUGGAGGAGGCAGAGGCUGUCUGUGAUCGAGUUGCCAUCAUGGUGUCUGGACAAUUAAGAUGUAUCGGGACAGUCCAACAUCUGAAGAGUAAAUUUGGAAAAGGCUACUUUUUGGAAAUUAAAUUAAAGGACUGGAUAGAAGAUUUAGAAAUAGACCGCCUUCAAAGAGAAAUUCUGUAUAUUUUCCCAAAUGCAAGUCGUCAGGAAAGCUUUUCUUCCAUUUUGGCUUAUAAAAUUCCUAAGGAAGAUGUUCAGUCGCUUUCACAGUCUUUUUCUAAGCUGGAAGAAGCUAAACAUAUUUUUGCCAUUGAAGAAUAUAGUUUUUCACAAGCAACACUGGAACAGGUUUUUGUAGAGCUCACUAAAGAACAAGAGGAAGAAGAUAAUAGUUGUGGAACUUUAAACAGCACGCUGUGGUGGGAAAGAACACAGGAAGACAGAGUAGUAUUUUGAAUUUGUAUUGUUCAGUUUGCUUACCAUAUUUAUUUAUUUUUUUACUUUGACUUUGUUUUUAAAGAUUUCUUCUUUCAGUGCUAACUGAAGAAUCAUGAAAGCACUUGGGAUGUCUUAGGUUCCUUUAUUGAGGUGCUGUUGUUUUAUGUUCUGCUUUUUUCUUUAAAUAAAACUUCUGUAUAAUGAACUAAAACGUCAUGUUCGUAUCUGAAGUAUACAAUACCAUAAUAUGUAGGCAAAGUUGAAUGCUUACUUUUCACCUUUCUAAAUAAUAGAGCUUCUGAGAGUAUAAUUUAAAGAAAUAAUGGUAGAAUAAUUAUAAUAAGUUUAUACCAUUUUACAUAAGUAAUGUUGUUACAUAAGUUAACAUACACAUAGAGAAGAAUCACAAAGCAGAAAAUAUUUUACUUGCUUAAUUUCUAAAACUUUGAAUGGAAGUUGGCCUGAAAUGCUGAAGCAAAACAUAAAUAAAACAAACACAGUAUCAACACAGACAAAGCCUUACAGGAAAUGAUAUCCACUAGGGGGCACUCAUCAAUCAUAAAUGCACUUAGACCAUAUUCUAGUAGAUACUUUUACACACAUGUAACUUGGUCACUAAACUUUAUUUCUUUUCUUUGUAGCUAAUGCAGAGAUGCUUAUUUUAUUUAUUUUAAUUAAAGAAGAGUUUCUAGAAUCACAUAGAAGCUUCAAAUACAAAAAUAGUCUUGACAAGUAUCUGUAGAAUUGGAAAAAUUAAACUAUUCUCUUUCAUCAUUCAUGGCAGAUAAAAUUUUUGUGUACAAAGACCACUUUUUACUUUAUUUAGAGUAAUUUAUAUUGUCAAACUGACUAUAUGAAUAUUUUUCCAUAGAGUUUUAAGUAUAAUACCAUGUGUAAUUUUAUUUAGUAAUUCACCUCAGAUUUCACCUUGGAAUGUAUUGGGAUAUAAAUAAUGUAUGGGGUGUUAAAUAAGGGAUGAAAAGUAAAUUAUACAUCGUUAAUAAGAAACCAGAAUCUCACUUGUGACAGUGUUGAAGUAAAGAAAAAAAAGUCUGGUUAACAUAUCUUAGAAACACUUCGUGUACGACUCAUGUAUGGACUAUAAGCACUAAUUGACAUUUUCAACAGAAUUAAAGUAUUAACUGGAGAAAUAAGAAAAUAUAUUGA